GAGUGCAAAGGAAGCUUCCUUCAACAGCCCAUUUGAUGAAGAAUAUGAACCUUUGUUAGAAGAAUACGACAUGUUCGACGGAGAUGAGGAAGCUGCAAUGUGGAUGCUCCGUUUUUUGGUGCGUCUCAGUGAUGCUUUGUCGCGAGCCGCAGUGGAUUGCACACAAGAUUGGUUUUUCGUAGAUUUGCCGAUCCUGGAUGCUACCAUUACAGAAACUGUCGGUGACCUGCUCCUGUUUGCCGCUGAAUUGGUUGGAAACGACCGGCUGCGACCGGGCCACUUAGCCAUCAGCGCAGGCGUUCCCAAUGAGCGUUUAUGGCAAUGUAAGACACCCUUAAUUGUUCUUUGGAAUCACAUGCACAUCGCCUCGCUCAAGCUCACUGGAGAAGUUCCUGCUUUCGCUUCGCUAAACUCUGCAGACCACACAUCCAAACUAGGCACGCCUGCCGAUGCAACUAAAGAAGAAGGUGAAUACUUUGCCAUGGCAGCCAUACACACUCUGCCUGAGUGGGUCAUAUCUGACGAACUCAAAGAACUUCGAGAAAAACAUGCAACUGGUCCAUGUCGAUUGCCUCAUGAAGAGCUAAAAGAGGUUCUGUCUGACAAGCCGAACAAAGCGAGAAGACCGAACUGGUCUGGUAUUUGCUGCAAACAACACCCCGAAGGCAUAGUUGGCAAUUUGGACAUUGUGUCUUCCAGGAACUUCUCACCUGCAGGUUCCAACGACUUGAAUCGAAUCUCCUGCAUCAGUACGUGGGAGCUCUUGGAUGCCACCGGGCCCUUGGCAGCGUUGCACCAGCGCGUUCUGGAGGAUGCUAUCCUGAACAAUUCGGUCUUCUACAUUGGCAACCAAAGGUUGGUGGAGAGUCUACCUGGACGCUCCAUGAUUCUUGAGAGGGAUGAGGGCUCCGACGGAUGGAUCGCCUUUGAAGGCAUUUAUGACUCUGUCAAGUAUGAAUUCGACAGGAAACGUUUCCGCUAUUUCUUCAUGAUGAAGAUCUUGUGUGGCUUCUGCUUGAACGUCAAGGUCAACGAAGCAACGAGUCCAAUCCUGGCAAUGGGAUGUGACAACAAACGGGUCGAUCAACGAUACCCUAGACCUGUCAGGAACAUGGAUGUUUGUGCGUGCAAGGGAUUGAGCACGAUGAUUACCCGGUGUUCCGAGCCGCAGGAAGGCAUGUUGAACCCUGAGAAUUUUGAAUUCGAAAGGCUCCGAGCAUGCCUUAAGUGUCCUGAAGUUGGAGCACCGGACAAUGGUCAAGCUGGACACGCAAUGAUCAUUGAGAGGGAUGAGGGCUCCGACGGAUGGAUCGCCUAUGAAGGUCGAGCUGGACACGCAAUGAUCAUUGAGAGGGAUGAGGGUUCCGACGGAUGGAUCGCCUAUGAAGGCAGAUGGAACCCUGAGACUUUUGAAUUCGAAAGGUUGAGAGCAUGCUUUAAGUGCCCGGAACGUGGAGCACUUGACAACGGCUCCUAUCAAGGUCGAGCUGGACACGCAAUGAUCAUUGAGAGGGAUGAGGGUUCCGACGGAUGGAUCGCCUAUGAAGGCAAGUGGAACCCUGAGACUUUUGAAUUCGAAAGGUUGAGAGCAUGCUUUAAGUGCCCGGACCGUUGGGCACUGGAUAACGGUUACUCCUCCCAGGAUACUUGGGAUGAAACUGAAGGAACCGGGCACGUUUCGUGCAACGAGUCCCAGCGAAGUCAAAUGGUUGAAGCUUCUUCGGCUAAUAAACUGCAGAUCCUGGAACUGCUAUUGUACGAGCAUCUUGAUCCAAACACUACAGACGCAUAUGGCAGAACCCUACUAGAAUUGGCAGCUGGCGGAGAUCAUCUGGACGUAGGCAAUCUUUUAUUGGAGGCUGGUGCUGAAGCAGAGACGAAAUCAGCCAUAAGCACUCCUCUUUUGACAGCCACUAGAAUGGGCAACACCGAAUUCGUGAACCUUCUGUUGCAGGCUAAUGCAAAUCCUAAUCGUUGCUACUGUGUUCGACCUGGAUUUCAAAAAUGUUGGACACCUUUGAUUUGUGCUGUUCGCCACGACGUGGAUUACGAUUACAGACACGCAACUAUCGUUCCCAUGCUCAUUAAAGCGGGAGCAGACGUGAACUACAGCUGUGAUAGCAUGCCACCCUUGGUUGCUGCAGUCGAGCAGUCGAGUUAUCACAUCAUGUGGUACCUGCUUCAAGCUCAGGCAAAUCCGAAUGUCACGAAUCGCAAUUUGAAGCCAGUUUUGCAUAUUGCCGUCAAAAGAAACGAUCCUACUGCUGUGGAAAUGUUGCUUCAGAACUCUGCUGAUAUAGAAUUGAGAGAUGCUCAGAAUCGAUCAGCCGAGCAGCUUGCAGCCAGUGCUGCUUUGAGAGAAAUGCAAGGCUCAUAUGCAGAUAAGAGCAAUUUGCAGAUACUGGUCUGUGCUGUCAAAAAAACAAGAACUUUUCGUGACUUCAGUACUGCAGAGAACAAGACGAGGAAAAGACGCGAUUGCAAUGCUUGGUCUAACCACAUGGAUGAUAUCAAUUCGGAUGACAAUCGUUCAGAGGAAGAUUGGAAAUCAGACAAUCCCGAAGAAGAUUUGCAGCAAAUCAGUGCCAAACACUACAUGACAGACGAACUUGCUUCCAGAUGGUACAGAAUGAUGUUGAAGACAGUCGAGCUUCUGACAGAUGAUUGUCUUGCAGUUCUGCCUUCUUACUUUGGAGGACCCAGACAAGCUCGUUUAUCUCGUGAGAUCGAAUUGACAUCUGUGGUUCAGAAGCUGCAAGAUUUGAGCUCCGACAUUGUCGACAUGUGCAACGAUAAAUUACUUUCAAAAAAACAGUCUGAGGCAUUGACUGAAAGAAUCCGCAAAAAACGCAAACUUCUGAAAGGUUUUCAUUUGCUGAUCAACCGCUACACGUACAACAAGAAUCAUGGAAUCUCUUUUCACGAUGACAUUAAAGAAGGAUAUGAUGUGGACAAAGAUCCCAUUACUUCUUUCUCCUGCCGACUCGGGUCUUUGCUGGUUAUCAUCUCCAGCACAGCACCAGAGAAACAAGAGAAGACCGAGGGCAAACGUGCGUUUGUUGUGUAUCAGCCUCCGGGAACAAUUCUUGUGAUGGGCGGCAAGUUUCAGAGAGCUUACAAACAUGGUGUACCAAGUUUUCGGGAGAUCAAAGAGCUUCUUGCUUGUGCAGACGACUUGACUACUUGGGACGGUGUGAAACUAAAAUUGGAGUGGUUUUCGAAUUCGAAAGACUUGAUGCGACAGGAAGUUAGACGUAUUGACUCCUUGAAUCUGGUCAACGAGCAAGACGCACGUUGGAACGUCACAAUGCGAAACAGAGCUCGUCCAAGCAAAAGCGGAACACAGGAUGUGAAUCCGGGGAGGGAAACCGAGGAGAAAGAAUCGGAGAAAGAUUCAGAAAAGGAGUUAAAUGAGAUAUUUGACUUCGUUUCUAUUAUUUCUGAUGCCCUGGAGCUGCAGAUAUUAUCAGACGAUCAGAUGAUUGGCAUGGCAUUGUGUGGCAGCCAGCAAAUUCGCAAACAUCGUUUCUCCACAUUUCAGAAACAGUACAAUCUUGGUUACAAUUUGUACAACAAGAUUUCGGCAGCCAAUAUGAAAGUGAAAGAGGAUUUAGACCCGUUACUCGAGGCCGUAGAUCGGAAACUGAGGAGAUUGAAAAACUUGCAGAUGCUUAUUGAGCUUUUGUGGUUGGACAGCGAAGGUCAGGGCAAUUUCAUGAGCUGUACUACUCUGAACCAGCAGCACGAGUUCAACAAGUCAAAUGAUCAUCUGAAUCGGGUUGUGAUGUCCCUCUUUGACUUGAACGAAUGCUUGCCUGUGGACGGCUUUUUGAGCUGGGAUCACAUGAUUGAUGAAGGAUGGCUGGUGUUCAAUUUCGACACUUUACAGGACAAUCGAAAACCCAAAGCGGAGGCAUCUCUCGACUCAUUCUGUAUGGCUAGUUCGGCAGCUGCGAAGCCACGAGCCCGUCCUCGCAAAGUCAUUGCAAUCCAAGACCUUGAUGCACUAAAAGCCAAAAAGCAACAGCUAAAACAAGAUCUCAAAGAGAUGAAUAAAACGGUGAAGGUGCAACAGCAGAAGAAAAGACGUCUCAUGAAAGCUGCUCACAAUUUGCACGAUGAGGACCUUUUAUGGCUUCUACGUGAACGUCAAACCCAACGAAGUGAAGACCCUAAUUCUGCUGAGGAUCAAAAUGGAGAUGCGGCUGAAGAUUUAUCGGCUGAGAAUGUCGAGCCCAAUGAGACAGUGAAUAGUGAGGAACUGGUGAAGUUAAUGAAAAACAUCUCCAAUGAGAUCACCAGAGAGACUGGAGCCACUACAAAACCACGAAAUUCAGUUCGAGCAUCAUUGAGCAAGAAUGUGGACCAAACUAAAUUUGGUAGCUUGGGCAAUGCCUUCGCAAUCAUCUUUGUCGAAGUGUUCGAAGUGGGUACUUUGGCUGCCUGCGAUUGGGAGAUCAUCGAAACUGCACUGGAAUGCAUUGUUGCAGCAAAGCAUGUGAGAGACUUCGAGCUCUUGGACUGGGUCCAAGAGGAGGAAGCGAGAAAAGCUAGGGAAGCAGAGGCGCUGAAGGAGAAAGAAAAUGCUGAGAAGGCUGAACAGGAGAAACUCAAACAACAGCACAUCAUGCGUCUGCAAGAGAUCAGAGAGGUCAAACAACAAUGCGAACGUGAUGAAGCCAAACUUGUGGCGACAUGUCGAGAAUCUUCCAGCUCGCACUAUGUGGAUGGAGCUCCCAAACCAGAAUCUGCCAGAUCAUUCAUUGGUUUGGUGAAACUCUUGAAGAAGCAGCUUACACUGGAGGAUGUACACCAGUUGGCAGUUUUAUCCAAGUCCAUGAAGGAGGUUACAACAAUUUGGCAAAAACUUCUAUCCGACAAUGGGAACGUACUGCCUCCAGAGUGGAACGCAGAAGAAGAUUUGAGAAAUGUGCAACAUCGCUGUGAUGACACACUCUUCAGUCAGGUUGGGAAAGCUCUAGCAACAGUGUUGACCGAAUUGUUGCAGGUGAUUGACCUCGACAUUGAGAAUCUGACUGACAUUGUGGAACAUCUCGACAACAUGUCAUCAACCAAGGAGAAUUUGAACAAUGGUUCAGCACUGGAAAAAAGAAAAUUGGAAUCUUGUCAGAGCCAAGAUGACAUUAGACGACAGAGCCUGGAACAGCUGCGGGCACUGCGACAGAAAAGAGAAGCUGUUGAAGACGAAGAAAAACAGAUUGAAGCACUCAUUGCCGACAUUGACAAACGUCAGAACAGUGCUAAGUUCUCCAGUACAGCAGCAAGCAAACUUGCUGAAACUGUUCCCAAGAGAUGCAUUGAGUCACAAACUCGUGCUCGAAUUUUUAUGGAAGAAUAUCAAAAAAGGAAGCUGAGCAUACCAGCCCAGGAAUCAACAGAGACAAUAAAGAUUGGAGAUCAGAUGUGGAGUCCAACGCAACUGUUCGAAAGAUGCAAGCUUUUGAAAGACGAAAAAGAUCGAGCUUUUGCUGAAAAAAAGAACAAGAAAAAAGGUUGCUCCAGAUCGUAUUUGAAAACUUAUGAAGAAAGAAAGAAGAAAAAUGAGCUGAUUCCAAGAGACAUCAGCAGAGAGGAGCUCGAAAAAAACUUUUUGGAUGCUUUGAACAAGUGCCAGCUGAUGGGGAAAUUGAGGCAGAUGAUAGUGGUUUACGAACCACACAAGAAGCUUAUGCCGGAUGGCAGUGCACACGAAAUGCACUACCACGUUUGUUUCAAGAUGUCUGCAAACUUUGCCCACAAAGGGGUGUCCAACACACUCGCUCAACACUACGGGCUACAUGGACACAUGUCGUACCCGAGGAAAGGCUGGUACCAAAUGGCAAAGUACGUGCUCACAGACUCUGCUGUGAAGCUACCCGUACAUUUAGACCCGACUCCAUUAUUCUGGCCGACAAGAAUGACAAAAGAAGACAUGCUGAAGAAGAUGCAGCUCACCGAAGAGGACUACUUGAAAAAAAGAGCGGAAGAAAAUAGGAUGCAAUGGAAGGAAGAAAGCAACAAUGGCGAUGGUACACAUCAGGACCGAUGGAGAAAAAGAAGGAGAGUGCUCGAUUUCUCCGAAUUUUCCGACUACGUCCUACACCACAAAAUCACAAACGAACAAGAGUUCUGGGUGUUGGCUUGUAAGGAGAAAGAAGCAGGCAAUCCAACUCUGUGGAACUAUGGUGGAACGGCGGCUGUGGCCAAACAAAUCCAGAAAUGCAAUAAGGCACACAUGGCCCAAUUCCGGGACGAUGUCUUUUUAGGCACCUCCAAAGCUACAAGCAAAUAUCCAUUAUCUGCUUUCAACAUCCCAGACGAUAUUCGUGUUUGGAUGAAACACUUCAAAGGUGAAAUGGCUCUUAUCAUCCAAGGAAAAGAGUCGAUUCUUUUCGACGACGUCACACUGCAGAACUUCUCAGUUGACGAGGUGAAGUC